CUUUCGCUACAUACACGACCACCGGGUCACUCAUACAUUACUGCCUCGUCAUCGGAGACGACGAUGGCGACGACUAAUUCCACACUACUCGACAUGGAGGAUAGCAGCUCUGUGCCAGAAAGCGUUCCUCUACCCGCGUCUCCUCCUGUAGAUGCACAGAUGUCAACCAGCACACCACCGGCUGUCGACCUGCCUGGUGAAAUGACGCAGGGAUUCAUAGAGGCGCCUAUAGACGACGUGCAGGAGGCCAAAUUUUCACACGAUGUGCUCCCGGUCGAAGCUGCAGAACCAGAGGAUACAAGGUCGGCGCAUCCGGAAGACCUACCCGCGCCAAUGCCAGAGAGACCUGCCGAACGAGCUGAUAUCAUUGACAAUAUAUCAACUGGCUUGUCUGAAGACUCGGUGUCUACCCAGCUGCCAUCACGGCCCGCCAAACUCCCAAGCAUACCCAAGCCGCUAGAGCUGGAUGUACCCCACGAACCACGUCCUCCUCCCCCAGUGUCGCCCUCAGAAUCAACCCAUCGUCGCUCACUCACCAUUUCUAAAGGACAACACACUGUUUCCGUUGUCCUGAUUUCCUCCGCAUUAGAGACUAUUGCAGCGUCCAAGGAUGCCAAGCGCUCUGCUCCCCUUCGCGAAAGUACCCAGCGAGCGCUCGAGAUGAUCCGUUCAGAACAGGCUGGUGAUCGUCCUCGAGAAAUCUUCGAGCCUCUACGGCUAGCCUGCGAGACGCGGACGGAGAAAUUGAUGAUCGCGAGUCUGGAUUGCAUUUCUAAACUCAUAUCCUAUUCCUUCUUCGCGGAAUCCAUCCCCCCUUCUGCUCAUUUCAUGUCGCCCCCCGGUUCACCUGGUUUUCACCCCCGACAAAGUACUGGGGGAGAUCCGCAACGCGAUACCAAUCCUCCAUCACUCGUUGACCUCGUCGUCCAUACCAUAACUUCAUGUCAUUCCGAAACGACGCCCGAAACUGUAUCACUACAAAUUGUCAAAGCUCUGUUGGCCCUCGUGUUAUCACCAACAGUCUUGGUUCAUCAUUCGGCUUUACUCAAGGCAGUCCGUACGGUCUACAACAUCUUCCUGCUGAGUGCAGACCCAGUGAACCAAAUGGUUGCGCAAGGAGGCCUUACCCAAAUGACCCAUCAUGUAUUUACCCGAUGUAAGACUGGGAUGCAGAGAGAUUCCAGCACCUUUGCGUCUUCAUCCAGCCAGGGUAGUGUUCCUUCAUUUUCUAGAAGAGCUUCUCUUGCCGGCAUUAUAUUACUUAAUGGCAAGGGGGGUUCAUCCGCGGGACUACCCGAGUCCGCUUCGUCUGCAUCGCUGCCUCUUCAGCAGCCUUCUAUUAACGGCGAUGACGCCGUACCGGCUACGAACGGCAAUGGAGAACAUGAGGACGGAACGAAUUUCACCAGCAAUGGUGUUGAAGAAACUCAUACGGACGUUCCACCCGAGGAUGAACAUUAUCUGCAUUCGGAAAUGACCCUAAAUGACCUAUUCAUCAAGGACGCCUUUUUGGUAUUCCGGGCACUGUGCAAACUGACCAUGAAACCACUAAACAACGAAAGUGAACGCGACCUAAAGUCGCACGCUAUGAGGUCCAAACUCCUCUCUCUUCAUCUUGUUCUAACCGUUCUCAACUCCCACAUGGCGCUCUUCGUCGAUCCCGCUUCCAUCAUAUACUCGAACACAUCCAACGACGCGACGUCUUUCGUUCAGGCUGUAAACCAGUACAUUUGCCUCAGUCUAAGUCGCAAUGCUGUCAGCCCGGUACCACAGGUUUUUGAUCUCAGUGUCGAGAUCUUCUGGCGUGUUCUCUCUGGAAUGAGGACAAAGCUCAAGAAAGAAAUUGAGGUCCUUCUUCACGAGAUUUUUAUCCCCAUCCUCGAAAUGAGAACAUCCACGUUGAAGCAGAAAGCCGUCAUUUUAGGCCUGCUUUCCCGUUUGUCACAAGAUCCUCAGGCACUUGUGGAGAUCUAUCUCAAUUAUGAUUGUGAUGGUGAAGCAGCGGACAACAUAUACGAACAUCUCAUGAAUAUCAUAUCGAAAAUAUGUACAACGCAGUCGACAUCAAGUCACCAGAAAGGGAAUGAACCUCCGAGCCCGGCUACUCAACCGGCUACUAAGCCCCAUAGUAACGUUCUGGGACCGUCUCUUAGUACCUCUGUUGCCUCCGUACCCGGUUCCAUGGAUACAGCAACACUGGGGUUAUCUGAGACACAGCUUAGACGACAGGGCUUGGAAUGCCUUGUGACUGUCUUGAGAUCCCUCGUUGCUUGGGGUACUACGUCCGGAAAGGUGGCUGAUGGAGAGAGCGUCGACAUUCCUUCGCGGUCGCAGCCUGGGGAGAACAUUAGACGAGACUCUCUGACUCCAGAUACUUCACUAGACAAGCUGUCAGGCGUCAACUCGAGCACCGAAGGUUUCAGACAGCAUACCCCCGAUCUCGGUGACGAUCCAACCAAAUUUGAGAGCGCGAAACAAAAGAAGACUACGUUGCUUGAGGGGAUAAAGAAGUUUAACUUUAAGCCUAAACGCGGUGUACACUUCUUGAUCGAGACGGAUUUUAUUCCAAGCAACGAUCCUCGGGACAUCGCAUCCUUCCUUUUAAAUACCGACGGGUUGAGCAAGGCGAUGAUUGGUGAAUACUUGGGGGAGGGGGAUCAAGAGAAUAUCGAUAUCAUGCAUGCCUUUGUCGAUAGCCUCAACUUUGCUGGUUGUCCUUUUGUAGAUGCACUUAGGUUAUUCCUUCAGAAGUUCCGCCUUCCCGGCGAGGCGCAGAAGAUAGACAGGUACAUGCUCAAGUUCGCGAAUAGGUUCAUCGCUAGCAACACGCAAACACCCUUCACCAAUGCCGAUGCUGCAUACGUUCUUGCCUAUUCCGUCAUCAUGUUGAACACGGACGCCCACAAUCCUCAGGUCAAGAAACGUAUGACCAAAGUCGAGUUCAUCAAGAAUAAUCGAGGUAUCAACGAUGGCAAUAAUCUUCCCGACGAGUUCAUGUCAGAAAUAUAUGAUGAAAUUGUUUCGAACGAGAUUAGAAUGCAGGGUGAGAUAGAAGCCGCCGGACCGCUUCCUACCGGACCGGGCCUUGCCAAUGCUCUUGCCAACGUUGGCAGAGAUCUGCAAAAAGAGGCCUACGUGUUGCAGAGCAGUGGUAUGGCGAACAAGACAGAGGCGCUGUUCCGAACCAUGAUGCGUACUCAGCGCAAAGGCUCCAGACCAGCUGAUCAAUUCUUCAGCGCCUCGCACUUUGUCCAUGUCCGCCCUAUGUUUGAAGUCGCCUGGAUUGCCUUUUUGGCGGGAUUAUCCGGACCCCUUCAAGACACCGACGAUUUGGAGAUUGUUGAGUUAUGCCUUGAUGGAUUUAAGAGCGCAAUCCGGAUCGUAUGCUUUUUCGACUUGGAGUUGGAACGCAAUGCGUUCGUGACGACUCUCGCGAAGUUCACGUUCCUCAACAACUUGGGCGAGAUGAAAGCGAAGAACAUGGAGGCCAUCAAAACUCUUCUUGACGUCGCCGUGACGGACGGAAAUAACUUGAAAGGUUCUUGGCACGAGGUCUUGACUUGUGUCAGCCAACUCGAGCAUAUGCAACUCAUAAGUGGAGGUGUUGACGUAGAUGGCGGGCGUAAAGGAAAGACAAAGAAGCCUCCAACAGAGGAGCUAGCGAAUGAAAGCCGCUCGACACACAUCACCGUUGCAACGGAUAUGGUCUUUUCGUUGAGUCAUUUCUUGUCUGGUACGGCAAUUGUCGACUUUGUCCAAGCCUUGAGCGAUGUUUCCUGGGAAGAAAUACAGUCGUCAGGACUCUCCCAGCAUCCCCGAUUGUUCAGUCUUCAAAAACUAGUGGAGAUUUCCUACUACAACAUGAAUCGUAUCCGUCUGGAAUGGUCAAAUCUUUGGGAAAUUCUAGGAGAACACUUCAAUAAAGUUUGUUGUCACGAUAAUCCCCAUGUUGGUUUCUUUGCACUGGACGCUUUGCGGCAACUUGCAAUGCGAUUUUUGGAGAAGGAAGAAUUACCCCAUUUCAAGUUCCAGAAGGACUUUUUGAAGCCAUUCGAACAUACCAUGAUUCACAACCCAAACCCUGAAGCUCGGGACAUGGUUCUUCAGUGCCUGCAGCAAAUGAUUCAAGCCCGCGUACAGAAUAUGCGAUCCGGAUGGCGAACAAUGUUCAGCGUUUUCCAAGCUGCUUCAAAGGUUGUCACAGAACGCAUUGCUAAUUCUGCCUUUGAGAUUGUUACUCGUUUGAAUAAGGAACAUUUCCCAGCCAUAGUUCGUUAUGGUGCAUUCGCAGAUUUGGUGGUCUGUAUCACCGAGUUCUGCAAGGUGAGCAAAUACCAGAAAAUCAGUCUGCUUGCCAUCGCAAUGCUUCGAGGAGUAAUACCUGUCAUGCUCGAAUCUCCAGAAUGUGGAUGGUCGUCUUCCACUUUGGAUGAUAACAUGGUGAAGUACUGGUAUCCUGUUCUGUUCGCGUUCUAUGACAUAAUCAUGAACGGCGAAGACCUGGAAGUUCGGCGAUUAGCACUCGAUUCGCUAUUCAGUUCCCUUAAAACCUAUGGAUCAUCAUUUCCAGAGAACUUCUGGGACAGUGUAACCAAGGACCUUAUUUUCCCCAUAUUUUCUGUUCUCAAGUCUAGCCAUGAUCUCUCCCGAUUCAGCACUCAAGAGGACAUGAGUGUCUGGCUAUCGUCAACCAUGAUACAAGCACUUCGGGAUGUAAUAGAUCUCUUCACGUUUUACUUCGACACAUUAGAAAGAUCCCUCGAUGGUCUCUUGGACCUACUUUGCAUUUGUAUCUGCCAAGAGAAUGACACUCUUGCGCACAUUGGCACAUCCUGCCUGCAGCAACUCGUCGAAAACAAUGUAGAAAAAUUGAGUGCUGCCCGCUGGGAGCGUAUCACAAGCACCUUCGUCAAACUGUUCAUGACGACGACACCUCAUCAACUCUUUGAUGAUAGCUUACGCGUGGAAAUUGAAUCCUCCAGUCCAGGUAUUAGCGAAGAGUCUAAUGGCACGGCGAUCCUACCUGCCCCGCUGUCACCGAGUGGUGAUUCUCCUCAACAGGGACAAACGGCCGCCGAACGUCAACGGAUAUUCAAGCAGAUCAUUGUUAAAUGUGUUUUGCAAUUGCUACUCAUAGAGACUACGAACGAAUUGCUGCGCAAUGAGAAGGUCUAUAUGAUGAUACCGCCAAAUCAAUUGCUUCCCCUUGUCCAGGUCCUAGGACAGAGUUAUCAAUUCGCGAGGUCCUUCAACGAGGACAAGGAACUUCGUACAGGUCUAUGGAAAGUUGGAUUUAUGAAGCAUCUACCUAAUCUCUUAAAACAAGAGUCAAGUAGUGCAUCCACACUCGCUCAUAUUCUUUUGCGGAUGUUCUUUGACCAGCGUCCUGAACACCAACGAUAUCGUGAUAAAGUUGACGAACGCCUACUUCCGCUUUCAAUAGGAGUCAUCCAGGACUACAACAAGCUUCGCGCGGAGACUCAAGGGAAAAAUAUCGUCGCGUGGACCCCAGUCGUCGCCGAAAUUAUGGACGGCUUCUGUCGAUUCGAUGACAAAACAUUUGCUGUGUACCUUCCCGCCGUAUAUCCCGUGGUCACAGAUCUCCUUGGCCGCGAUUUGGCUCCCGAGGUUCGGGUGUCGUUAAAAACGUAUUUUUUACGAGUGGGAUAUGCUCAUGGAAUAAUAGAGGUUUCAUCGUAAUAACUGGUUAUAUUAUAUUUAUUCAGUGUAUUUGGUGGCCGCGGAUAAUUCAUGUUUCUUUCUGUUC